AUAUAAAAAGGGGGAAGGCAAAGUGCAGGGGGGAAAGGAGAAUGCUCUAGAACCCUAUUUGAAUUCGAGUUAGGGUUUGCGAUGGAGAGAGUAUAGCUUGAGAGCUCAGAAUUUGAAUUCAGAGGACGGAGAAGAUGGCGUCGUCCUCCAGCAGCGGAUUGACGUUCAAGCUGCAUCCGCUCGUCAUUGUUAACAUCUCUGAUCAUUACACUCGGGUGAAGUCACAGUCGGUUCCGCCUCAGUCCGUCGGCGAUGCGUUGUUGCAGCAGCCUCCUCCGCCGCGCGUGUUUGGAUGUGUUCUUGGAAUCCAGAGCGGUCGAACGGUGGAGAUCUUCAACAGCUUCGAGCUUCUAUACGACACGGACAAUCACUCACUCGAUCGGACUUUUCUUGAAAAAAAGCAAGAGCUCUAUAAGAAGGUGUUUCCGCAAUUUUAUAUUCUCGGAUGGUAUUCAACGGGGAACGAUGCUCAAGAGUCCGAUAUGACCAUCCACAAAGCAUUGAUGGAUAUAAAUGAGAGCCCAGUUUAUGUUCUUCUCAAUCCUUCAAUUAAUCCGGCACAGAAAGACCUUCCUAUUACGAUUUUUGAAAGCGAGCUGCAUGUUAUUGAUGGUGCUCCUCAACUCAUAUUUGUUCGCUCAAGCUACACCAUAGAGACUGUGGAAGCGGAACGAAUAUCUGUUGAUCAUGUUGCUCAUCUUAAGCCAUCUGAUGGGGGUUCUGCGGCAACUCAAUUGGCUGCUCACCUCACUGGCAUACACAGUGCUGUGAAGAUGCUGAAUAGCAGAAUCCGAGUUCUCCAUCACUAUCUAGUUUUAAUGCAGAAAGGAGAUAUUCCCUGUGACAAUUCAUUGCUACGACAAGUAUCUAGUCUCUUGAGAAGAUUACCUGCCAUUGAAUCUGAAAAGUUUCAAGAUAAUUUCUUGAUGGAAUAUAAUGACACAUUAUUGAUUACUUUCCUUGCCAUGUUCACCAACUGCUCAAGCACCAUGAAUGAACUGGUCGAUAAAUUCAACACAGCUUAUGACAGGCACAGUCGAAGGGGUGGGCGAACCCCUUUCAUCUAAAAGCUUUUUUCAUUUCUUCCCUCCCCCCCCUCACCCCACCCUUAACCCAGUUUCCUUGAGGCCGGCACCAUUUACAUGUCUAGGUAUCCUGUUGGGAAUAUACCACACAAGUAAUCCUAGUAGCUUUUCUGUGUGUAAUUUGGUUUUCCAAUUUGUUCAUGAUUUACGGUAUCAUAACGAAUGAGUGAGAAUGUAACCCUUACAGCUUCAUUCAAAGUUAAUAAUCUGAUCAUAUCUCUCCAAA